GCAGCGUCCGGAAGUUGAAGCGGCAUCCCGGAAGCGCCGCUCUGUCUCCUCCCCGCCCCGUCUCUCUGUGCCUCGGGUCCUUGCCUUUCCGCCUCCCGGUUGCUAAGCAGCGGCGGCGGCGGCGGCUGGUUUGAAAGCGCGCCCGAGGCGCCAAAGGGGAGCUUGCCGGCGGGACCAGAGAGGAGGAGGAGGGCGUUGGGGCCCGGCCUCGUCACUGGCUUGGAUGUGGGGACCGGGAGCGGAGAGGGCAGCUUCGCGAGAGCCUUGCGCCCUGCCUGCCAGAGCAGAGAGCCCGCCGGGAGGAGAAUGGGCACAACAAGGGCCGACCAGCUCCUGAUUGUGGUUUCUAUCCUGGAAGGUAAGGCGCAGGGAAGGGGAGGGGGGUGUUAAAAGGAAAGUAAAAAAAUCAGAGACCCAUUCAUCUAUGGAUGCCUCCACCCCACCCAUAAUUUAGGGAGCUGCCUUAAAGGGAGUUGGAUCGCCCAUCCAUUGAGGGCAGUGUCGCCUACACUGACCGGCAGCGGCUCCCGAGGGUUUUUAAGGCAAGGGGUCUCUCCCACUUCUGCUAGGAGAUUUGGGAUUGAACCUGGGGCACGUGGUUCAAGGUGUAAGGUGGCUGCUUUACCCUACUUGUGGGCAUAAGGGACGCGGGUGGCGCUGUGGGUUAAACCACAAAGCCUAGGACUUGCCGAUCAGGAGGUCGCGGUUCGAAUCCCCGCGACGGGGUGAGCUCCCGUUGCUUGGUCCCAGCUCCUGCCAACCUAGCAGUUCAAAAGCACAUCAAAGUGCAAAUACAGUGGUGCCUCGCAAGACGAAAUUAAUCCGUUCCGCGAGUCUCUUCGUCUUGCGGUUUUUUCGUCUUGCGAAGCGCGGCUAUUAGCGGCUUUAAGAAAAAGGAAACAAACUCGCAAGAACUCGCAAGACGUUUCGUCUUGCGAAGCAAGCCCAUAGGGAAAUUCGUCUUGCAGAACGACUCAAAAAACAGAAAACCCUUUCGUCGAGCGAGUUUUUCGUCUUGCGAGGCAUUCGUCUUGCGGGGCACCACUGUAGAUAAAUAGGUACCGCUCCGGCGGGAAGGUAAACAGCGUUUCUGUGCGCUGCUCUGGUUCACUAGAAGCGGCUUAGUCAUGCUGGCCACAUGACCCGGAAGCUGUACGCCGGCUCCCUCGGCCAAUAAAGCGAGAUGAGUGCCGCAACCCCAGAGUCGGCCACGACUGGACCUAACGGUCAGGGGUCCUUUACCUUUUUACUUGUGGGCAUGGGCAUAGCCAGUACAGUCAUACCUCGGGUUAUAAACGCUUCAGGUUGCGUUUUUUCAGGUUACGGACCCGCCGAAACCCGGAAGUACCGGAACAGGUUACUUCCAUGAUUCGGUGGUCGCGCAGGCGUGCCAAAUUGCAACCCGCGUGUGCGCAGACGCAACACUGUGGGUUGCGAACGCUGCAGGUUGUGAACAUGCAUCCCACAUGGAUCACGUUCACAACCUGAGUGUCCACUGUAUUUGUUUAAGGGGGAAGGGACAGGCUUUUUUAUUAUUUAUUAUUUAUUGAAUUUAUGUUUUCUUCUUCUCUGGCAAUCACUCGUAGUCAAGUAAGAUUGUCUUCCAUGAACACGGUCUUAACAGUGAGUCCGUAAGUGGCUGUGGAGCCCAAUUCUGGAUCCACAUGUCCUUCCACAGUGGGGACAUAGGUUUCUAGGCAGGAGUUGAUCACGGUGAGGGUUUGCCAAGCGUGCCUUCCUCUUAGCAUGUUUCUCCCUUUCGUCCUGUGUUUGAGCGUCUUCAAACCCAUAACACCUUUGGUAAAGGCUGUUCUCCAGUUGGAGCACUCGCAGGCCAGUGUUUCCCAGUUGUCGGUGUUUAUCCUACAUUUUUUUAGAUUUGCCUUGAGAGAGCCUUUAAACCAUUUUUGUUGACCACCAGCAUUACGCUUUCCAUUUUUAAGUUUGGAAUAGAGUAGUUGCUACCGCCCUAUAUACCCGGAGGUCUCAGGGCCGUUCACAGAACAAAAUCAAAAUAUAAAAGCACAAUAUUUGGAAUCAAACUAAAAACAACCACCAAAUAGCACACACACACACCCCGGUAGGAGGGGGCAGAACCGAGUUAUCUGUGAUGCAAUUGGUCAGUUAAGUAUUUUUAUUUAUUUGCUUGAGUUAGGGGUGCAGCUACCCCCCCCCCCCAGCUCCCUGGGUACACCCAUGCUUGUAGAGUGGACUUCAAUUUUGGGAGAGUUGACCCCCCAACAGUGUGAUUCUCUGAUCAGAAGUAAGACGUAGCAUUGUUAGAGGACCCUGAGGAUCAUUAGGUCCAAGCCCCUGCAAUGCAGGAAUAUGCAGCUGCUCCAUACAGGGAUGGAGCCUGCAAUCUUGACAUGGUGAGCACCACGCUCUAACCAGCUCCUAGGUAGGUCAGUAUGUAUAGGAAUGUAGCCUAAGUCUGCCCAAAAGAUCUCUUACCAUGUGGCGGUUGGUUGUGUAAAUAAUGAAUGUGGAGGCAGCGGGGUGAUUUUAUAUUUGGAAGUGUCUGAUAAGGCAUCUUUGUAAGCAGAAAGGUUUUUGCAUGAUCUUGACACCAGGUGAAAGAGCUCCUGCUUCUUCUUUUGAAAAUAUAGAGUACCAGAGUUGCAUCUUCAACUCAUUAAGUAAUGGAAACGGGAGAGAGCAUGUCUGAGCAUUUCUACAACUAUAGCUAGCCGUCCCACUUUACCAUCAUGUCCUUGAGCUAACAACUAAGGCUAAUGUGUAACAGAAAAAGAAGUAGAAAAUUGGUUUAAAAGUGUGUGGAAGAAAGUAAUAGAAGUGAAAGAAAUUGUAAUUGAGUAGAUUGGAAGUCUAACACAAGGGUGGGGUGAGAGGUGAGGAAUGGUGGUGGGAAAAGGAAUUAUCUGUGGGAUUGGGUGUGGGUAUGUAUGAAUAUUUUUAAGGAUUGUAUGAAAUGUAUGUUUGUAUAUUCAUAAUAUGUAUGUAUUAAUGUUGAAUUAUUUUAAUAAUAAAAUAUUUGUGUUAACAAAACAAAACAAAAACAACUAAUGCUUUCAGAUCCAAGGUUGUAAAUUCUUUGCAGGCUUCAGUUUUUCAUUUUGGUGGCAGAGUUCUGGUGUUCACAACAUAAAUGCUGGCAAAAGGGAGAAAUUUGUGAACAGAAUAAGGUAUAAGGGGAGUAGGAUUAAUAGAUGACACGAAAACAGCAUAUGUAGUCAGAUUCAUAAUUCUGUGUUGCUGCUUCAGAAAUUUAGUACUGAGUUAUUACAGUAGACAUUGCCUGUCUUCUCAGACUAGUAUGGUAUUGCACAGGAAAACAUUGUUGUAACAUUUCUGUGGAAACCAGUACCGUGUCAUUCUAAAGAUAGGCAUGAGAUGAGCAGGGUUUGAACUCAGGACACUUGGGGAUCUUAUAUACAUAUUCUCAAAGAAGCAAUAUGUAGCUGGUACUUCUUGUUACUUUGUUUGUGAUGCAUUAGAAUUAGGAGUGCUUAGUUGUUUGAAAAAAUCCAUGAACUCCAGCAUAUUGUGGUCCUUGCAAGUACUUCUGAAUGUAUGUAUAUUUUAUUUUCUGCUUAUACACCAUCUAACUUUCAAAAAGAUUAAAAUGCUGACUUCAGCAUUUUUUUAUUAGUUACUUUGUUCAUAGUAAUUUUAACCUGAUCUUAAAAUGUACGUUGCAUUCUCCUUCAACAAUCUAGUUGAUUGUGGCUUGUAGCAUAGUGCCCAGGAGUUUGUGAUUAUUAAGCAACUACAUCAUGCCCUAAAUAGUAUACUAUCAGCUGUUUAUGAAGAAGCGAUCUAAAAAAUGUGCUUUUUUCCUUUUCCAGGGCGUUACUUUCCAAAACGUCCAAAGCAUAUGCUUGUGGUAGAAGCAAAGUUUGAUGGUGAAACUCUAGCCACAGACCCUGUAGAACAUAUUGAUCAACCUGAAUUUGCCACAGAGUUAGCUUGGGAACUUGACAGGAAAGCACUUCACCAACACAGGUUAUUUUCUCAAAAGAUUUCUGAAUUGCUUGAGUGUGUGCUUGUUGCAUGUAUUUAGAAUCUUGUAAAGAAUGACUAUAAUAACUUAGCCUGAACUGUACUGGAAAACCUAUGGGUGUAUUCCAUUCCCUUUUCUGUAUAGCAUUUGGCUAGAAAGCUCAGAUAGUUACUAAAAAGAGCAGUGUUAAGCUCUGUUUUCACCUCCAAAAAAAGUAACCAGCUUUCCUAUAUUUAACUGUUGCCCUAUACCUGAAGCCUAUUUGAGAGGUUGGAAAAUUAUAUAUGUGCUUGUUAACUGCUAAAGUUUCCUUAUUGUUGAGAAGAAAUACAUGCAAUAUAAUAUAUAUUAAAAUAAUUACUACUGUUUCUGAUAAUAUCUAGGUGGUUUUAUCAGUAAAAAUGUUGCCUGUACCAUUGGGGAACCAAAAGUUUAUGUAACUGCUUCCAAUGCCUUAAUGGUCUUGCAUAUUUAUUUCCUUGCAGAUUACAGCGUACACCUAUCAAGUUACAAUGCUUUUCUGUGGAUUCUCUCUCUUCUGCCAAGGAGCCUGUAGGUUACAUUAUACUAGAUUUGAGAGUUGCUCAAGAGAAGAAACAGGUAUUGUAUCGAAUGUGGCUUAAACACAUCACAAUAAAUGAAUGUGUGCUCCUUUAUCAGAUAUGCCAGAUUAAAUGGUAUUAAUUUUCAUUCUCUUAUUGAAUGGCAGAUUCUAGACAUAUUUGCUCAUUGGGGUGGUAAACCUGUGUCUGAGCUGUAACAAAUAUCAGCUGGCGGGUCGGUGUUGUUCACCUGGUUUCCCAAAACUAUGCACCGCUUCUGGUUACAUGGAGGGGCAAGGCAGCAGAGAGCUGUUGUGUCCACUCUUGAGUUUUCCACUGUGUUGCCCAUCCCUCUUCCUGUUUGGUAAUCAGGCUGUUCCCCUCCUGUCUCUGUGGGCAGGCCGGUAUUAUGGAAGUACAGUGGAACCUUGGUUGUCGAACGCUUCGGAAGUCGAAUGUUUCGGCUUUCGGAUGCCGACAACCCAGAAGCGAAUGCUUCCAUUUUCGAAUAUGCCUCGGAAGUCAAACGGCUUCCAAGGCGUGUUUCUCUAUUUUUUUCAAUUGAAUUCUCUGGCCACCCAUUGAGCCUCGGUUGUCGAAUGUUUCAGAAGUGGAACGGUCUUCCGGAACGGAUUACGUUCGACAACCGAGGUUUCACUGUAUUUAAAUAUAGCCCUAUCUUAAAAUACCAGGACAAUGUAUGAAACUAUAACAAACAUUUUAAACAAAUUAGAAACAGCACAGAACAGUCAUUAAAAUGAUAACAAAGCUCAGGUCAAUGACCUGCCCAUUAAGAUGAUUAUCUGCCAUGGUUUGUAGCAGAUAAAUUUCUUGCUCUUAUUUACUAAAGGGAUUUAAUGGAUAUGCCUUUGUCCACCAUAGCAGGCUAAAUGCAAAUAAUAACCUAUGAUACAUGCUCUAAAUAGUUGCUUUGUACUUUUAUUUUGGUGGGGGGAAUGACUAGCUUUUCUAAACUUUUUUUUUCAUGGAGGGAAUUAAGAGUUCUAUGAACAGAUGGCAGCAGAGUCAAGUGCAGAAUUAUUCUGGAUAUAGUAAGUUCAGCUGUAGGUGGAGCCCUCCACCCACAUAUUAGGGUAGCCUAAAGCCAGGGCAGUCAUGCUCUCUGCAUCUAAACAGAUGAUCUCUGGCAAUCAUCUGUCUACUAGGGAAAGAGAGUAUUACUUCUGUUCUCAGAUCUCUGGAUUAGGGCCAAAGUCUUGUCCUCUUUUUUUCCUUUUUUUAAAAAUAAAUUAAAAUUGAGGUGAGAACUGUCUAUGUACACAUGAUAUAAUUUCACUUCUGUAACAGUAUUGUAUGAUCACAACUAUUCUUCAUUUUAGGCUUAACUUUAAAUGUAAGAUCCUGUAAAACGUAGCCAACUUGGAAAGAGAUUUUAUCUGACGACAAUACCAUGUAUGUAUAAUUUUGUAAGAGUGCUUUCACCCAACUUUUUGUUUUAAUCAAAUCUCUGCAGCCGCCAAAAUGGUAUCCAUUACUGAGCAAUAGAUACACAAAAUUUAAAUCUGAGCUGCAACUCAGUCUAAUGCUAGAAACUGAUACUAAGGCAUCUGCAGAUGGCUUUAAAGCGAAGGACGCACCUCCCAGAGAUGUAACAGGUUAGUAGAAUAAUGAACACUUCACCAAACGCUAUUAUAUUAUGUAAAUUGUGGGAAUUCUGCAGUUCUGUCAAGUUGAUGGAGAUCCUAAAAUAUCCUUGGUUAGUAUUGGCAAAUUCACUGUACAAAUCCUCUGUAUUCUGCUUUGUUUCCUCUUUUGUUCUGAUGACAAAUCCUUGGGCUGAGCAUCUGCUCAGCAUUAUUCUCUUACUUAAUUCUAUAUUUAUACCUACCCUCAUGGUGCUACUUUGCACCUGGCUCCAGAUGGUGGGUUUUGGAGUUCCGUUGGGCGGAAAAACUUGAUCUUGCAACCUGAAGUCUGAGAGAUUUGAUAGUUGAUUUCUGACAGUUGAAGUGAUUUCAUCUUUGCUCAUUUUGACAAAGUUUCAGGGCUAAGAACAUUUGAAUAUUCACGUUAAAAAUCUUAAUGGCCCGUCCUGUAUCAGAGUGGUUUACCAGGGUUCUGUUCCAUUCUUUUAUGGCAAAGGUGGACAAUCUGUCAAUGUCAAGAUGCUGUAGGACUACACUUCCCAUCAUCCCUGAUGAUUGGCUGUGUUGGCUGGAGCUGAUGGGAGCUGGAGUCCCAGCAACAUCAAGGGGGCUACAGGUUCUCCAUUCCUACUUUAUUACAUAAAGAAUUAUUUUUAUAUCUUAACCACUUGUGAAUUUUAUAUGUUAUAUUUUGUUUUUUUUAUUUUCUCUGUAUGUAUUUGAUUAUAUUUUUUCUGCUUUUCUAGAUAAAAAAUAGUAAUUAAUUGAGGACAGAAAAGCAAUGUAUUCAGUUAUCGCAUUUUAAAGCUUUGGUCUAUAUUAACUUUUCACCUUUCAUCUUUAUUCUACAUUAAGCUUUCAUCUUUCCCCCUUAUUUUUCAUAGUAUUCUCUGUCCUAAAGCUUGUUUAAAUUUUGUUGUCAAGAUUAGUAAAGUGGUUAAGUGGAAUAUUGUAAACAGUUAAAUUCCUUGUUUCUGUCUGUUUUGUUAACUUAUUCUUUUACUAGCUGUGUCCAACACUUCUGGGCAAGUUUCUGUAAAAAGCAUAAGACAAAUAAAACACAGGUGUUGGGUAUGUGUGGUAUAACUUCAGGUUGUACAGAUGGUUAUUCUCUGGUCUUCAUGAAACUGAUAUGAUACGUCUUACAAAAAAAAAACCAGGAAGGUGAAUCCUUAUCCUUAAACAUAGACUAUCAAUGCCAGCAGGCCAGGCAAAUAAAGUAUUAAAAAGUGGAGAGUUAGGGUUUACAUAGCUGUUUUCUGUCCUUUAAUCUGCUUUGAGAUGAAAUCCGUGUAGGUCAGGGAUGUAGAAAUUGUAAUCCUCCAGACGUUGGACUCCAACUUUCAUCAGGUCUGGGAUGAUGGGAAUUGAAAUCCAGCAACAUCUGAAGGGCUGCACAUCCCCCAUCCCUGUUGUAACUGGUGACUAGACUGACAUGGGGUUUAUUCAGCCCCUUACUAGCCUAGGGCUAAUAGGGUUUUUUAAAAGACACUGUCCUCUCUGAAUUUCAUCUCUGUAUAUUUUCAGCUCCCAAUAGAUUUUAUUAUGUUCAGAAUACAACUGAAGGCAUUUGUUUUCUUUUUAAAGUACCUCUUCAGCAACUUGGGUUGGAUCCCAAAAAUCUUGCAGCAGUGCUUAACGAAGAGGAAGGAUACCAUCAAAUUGGACCAGCAGAAUAUUGCAGAGACUACUUUGUUCUGUCUGUCACUGUUGCAUUUGCUACACAGUUAGAACAGGUAAUAAUGCCAAUCCAUGGUACCACUAUCUGGUUUCGCCUGUGGUGGAGCUUUCAAACUCUGGAUGGUUAACAUGUGAAAAAUCAUGUCUCAUUGCAGCAUGACUUGGUGGUUCUUCAUAACCCCCUGAUUCUGUAUAAGUAUGAUUGUUCCCUUUAUUGCUGUUAAAAAUCUAAACCAACCUCAAAAUUACAGUGUUGCUCUCAUGAUGGGAGGAGCUUGGGAGAGUGAGCAAGGACAACUUUCCAGCCUUGGAAUUCCUUAGCUUUUGAUGUUAUCCAUGUUAAAUAUUUAAAACUUGAAUAGAUGUUGGAAUACAGCACUUCUUUUGAUAAUAGACAUGGACAUUCAUAACUUCAUAUGAGCAGUGUUGAGGACCUAUUGUUUGCAUUUUUCCACUCUUUUUUGGUAACAGCUAAUACCUACCACAAUGAAACUUCCAGAACGACAGCCUGAGUUCUUCUUCUACUAUUCACUCCUGGGCAAUGAUGUUACCAACGAACCAUUCACUGAUUUGAUCAAUCCAAACUUUGAGCCAGAAAGAGCAUCUGUUAGAAUACGCAGCAGCGUUGAAGUUCUAAGAGCUUAUUUUUUUGCUCACUCAAAGUUGAAGGUAAGCAUCCAUUUCUGCUCUCUAGUAAACAAAGAUUUAGCUGUUGCAUCUUGUUUCGAAGUGUGUGACUCCUCUUCAGUCCAAAUUGCUAAGAGACCAUGAGGAUACCAUAAGAAUUUAGUGUGUUAUGGCAGAUCAAAUUUAAGAACUUUUAUACUAUUUUGAUAUGUUGUUAAUUUUAUUACUUAUGAGCUGCACCUUCAUAAAAAUAGAAAAACAAGGCAGUGGGCAGAAUAAGAAGCUAAUACUACAGUAGUAUCAGUAUAAACUGCUUGGUAAAAAAAUAUGAACUGCUCAGUUUUUAGAGUAUGUCUGAAAGAAAGCUUGCUAGACUUUCUUUUCUAUGGACAAGGAGUUCUUCAGAGCUGCCACACUAAAAACAUGCUCCCUGGUAAAGGACAACCAAACCUCAGGGGCAUGGCAGAGAGACACCAAAAGUACCCCACCAGGGGAUCUUGAUAAUUGAGGUACAGCAUAAAGAAUCAUGCUACUCCUUAAAGUACAUUGUGCCCAAAUUGUUUAUGGCUCUGUGAAUUAACACAAGAACCUUGAGCCUGCCCUAGUAGGAAAUCGACAACCAAUGCAGCUCUCUCAGCAAAUUAACAUCGUUACCAGUAACCUGCCGAAUUCUGUCCUAGUUGCAGCUUCUGGACCAGAUAGAUAUAAGGGCAGCCCAUAUAAAGCAUGCUACAGUAAUCAACUCUUACAAUUACCAUUGCAUGGACCACUGUGGUCAGGUUAUCCUGGUCACAACAGAUGUACCAGCCAAAGCUGGGAGAAGGAAUUUCUAGCCCCAGAUGUCAGUUGUGCCUCUAGUGAGAAUUCAGGAGCACCCUCAAGCUAUGAAAAUGCUCCAUCUUGGCCUUUCCUUCUUCCUUCCCCCUUAGAGCUUGUGAGUUGUGCCUUAUCGUGUACUGAAACAUGACCGCUUGGAGCCUCUUGCUAUCUUUUGACCUGAAGAAUACAGGGUUUUGGAGGAUAAGACAGUCUGGGAAGAUUAGGCAGUCUGGAUAACCUUCUAAAGAAGGCUCUUUGACUUAUUUUAUUCCAGCAUCCAUUACAAACACAUUAUUUAUUUUAAGGACAUAAUGUUUCCAUUUAGAUGUCAUUGGUUGGGUGUAAGUAAUCAUUUUUGUACUGAAUGCUCAUUAUAGUCACUUUCAUGAUACCCUUUUGAAACAUAGAUCCAUCUUUGCUGUGGGGACCAGUCUCUUGGAAGCACUGAAAUACUUUUAACUGGGCUGUUGAAGAAAGGAAGCGUGGAAAUCCUUCAACAUCCAGUAGCAAUUGAAGGAGCAUAUAUUCUUGUUCCACCUAACAGAGCCCGGCAAAAGCUGCCACCCAUCCCUUUGGAUAUGGCUCCCACUGUUGGGGUAUCAGUAUCUCUUCAAAAAGAUAGCAGAGUUUCUCAGGUACAGCUCAAUUGUUCCCCUUUUUAUAUGCUUUUAAAAAUGCAAAUAAAAAUAGAAAAUAUUAUUGCUGGUACGCAUGUAUGAAAUGAAGUUAUUGUUAUUAUUAUUAAAUUUCUAUACUGCCCCUCAUCCGAGGAUCACGUGUUUAAACUAGGCACUAUUGUUUCGUUCAGCCUCAGUUAUCUUCAAAGGUUGAGUCUGAAAAUGUGAAAAGAGCUUCAUCUCCAAUGCGUGAUCAAAAAAGGAGUCCUGAGCCUGGUUCUCAAAAUGCGUUACCCCGGGUUAGCCAUUCUCCUCCCAUAAAAGAUGACGCGACAGACAGUGAAGUGGAAAGUCUUCAGUAUGACAAGAACCCAAAGGCACAGAAAAAAGGUAGGCAGCACAUCAAAGCAAAUGUUUAUAAAUUUACAGCUGUCAUAUCUACCACAAAAUACUGUUUUCUUUAUGAUUGCUUGGUAAACUGAUGCAAGGAAGUGGGUGAUCAUUCACUAUGCAGUAAUGCAACUUAAAAUAUUCUGAAGACUCCAGUAAAAGGGAGAGAGUUAUCUGCGGUCCACCAGUGAACUGUGGGCGAUGUAAGGUUUUAAAUUUGUGAACAUGAUGUGUGGUUUAGCUCUGCAGUUGAAGAACUGGGCAGAUAUUUGUAUCCAAGCAAAUUGCUUGGGUCUAAGCACUGCUCCAGGACGCUGGUGGUGCUGCGGUCUAAACCACUGAGCUUCUUGGGCUUGCCAAUUGGAAGGUCAGCGGUUCGAAUCUCCAUGACGGGGAUGAGCUCCUGUUGCUCAGUCCCAGCUCCUGCCAACCUAGCAGUUUGAAAGCACAUCAAAGUGCAAGUAGAUAAAUAGGUACCGCUCUGGCGGGAAGGUAAACGGCGUUUCUGUGCGCUGCUCUGGUUCGCCAGAAGCGGCUUAGUCAUACUGGCCACCUGACCCGGAAGCUGUAUGCCGGCUCCCUCGGCCAAUAAAGCGAGAUGAGCGCCGCAACUCCGGAGUCAGUCACGAUUGAACCUAAUGGUUAGGGGUCCCUUUACCUUUAAGCACUGCUCCCUUCCCUUGUGAACAGAAGGCAGGAGCAUAGCCUCCAGCUGGUGGCCACUUUGCAAGAUACAGUGGUACCUCAGGUUACAUACGCUUCAGGUUACAGGCUCUGCUAACCCAGAAAUAGUACCUCGGGUUAAUAACUUUGCUUCAGGAUGAGAACAGAAAUCGUGCUCCGGCGGCGUGGCAGCAGCAGGAGGCCCCAUUAGCUAAAGUGGUGCUUCAGGUUAAGAACAGUUUCAGGUUAAGUACGGACCUCCGGAACGAAUCAAGAACUUAACCUGAGGUACCACUGUAGGGCCAAUGUGUGAAGGCUGCUUGAAAUAUGAACACCUAUUUUUGGUAUGCUAUUUUUUGUUUGCCACGUCGACCAGCCUGCACCACGUGACUUACCUUCAAAUUGUCAUCAGCCGUGUUUGGCCACAGGCUAUGAUACUGUACAGCUAGUUCAACAUUUAGGUUUAGAAAGGAAAAAAAAAACUUAGUAUGGGAAACAGCCAUAUUAGAAAAAACAACCAAUAAACUGAAACUGACACAUGGACAAAUAGAAGAAGACUCCUUCAUCCCGGUAUGGCUCCCCUUUAUCACAUACACAGCACAACAAGAUGACAAGGAUCCACCAACGGCAUAUGGAUCAAUAUGGCUAACCUGAUUCAGAAAUUCACACUCUCCCCUCUCUCACACAAAAACAAUUCUCACUACAUUCAACCAAAGACAACCAACCACACCCUAAGCCACCCCCAACCUCUCUCACCACCAAGGAAAUAAAACAAGUGAAUAGUAAGAGAACCCAUACAAGUAACACUGACACAACCCCUCUCACACACUAAUUAGAAUAAUAGAAGUAUAACCACCCGACCCCACCCAACUUCCCACUCCCCCUCUCCCCCUUUUUUUCUUUUUCUUUUCUUCUUCUUCCUAAUUGUUUAAACCAAUUCAUAAACCAAGAACUUAUACAUUGACCACUAAUAAUGAAACACAUGUUGUAGAUAUUUUUCCACAUUUAUUGUGCUAUUUUUGUGAUACACAAAUGACAUGAGAAAACUUGGUAUACUUAUUUGAAUAACAUUAUUCUUGUUUAUAAAACCCAAGAAAGAAAGAAAGAAAACUAAAUUUUGUCCAGAAAAAAAUUCAAAAGCUUCUUACUUUCAAGUAUUAGAACUUGUACAGCAGGGGCUCUCAAGUUUGGAAUGUGUCAGCAUCUAUCUUAAAAGAAAAUGCGCUGUCUGUUUUCUCUUCAGCCUCGAAUGCCCGAGCACCCGCUUCUCAGACUCAGCAGGCUGGUACCUCUGAAUCUACCACAGGUCAAAAAAUUGCUGUUCCAGCAGCAUCCCAUCACUUCUGUUUCUCAAUAGACUUAAGAACUCUCCAUAAUCUGGAUACUGGCUUUCCCAUCAAUUGUAUGUUAAGGUAAAGCAUGUUUUGGAUAAUUGUUUCACAUCUCUUCAUUGGGAGAACUUUAAAUUACCGUAUUUUUCGCUCCAUAGGGCGCACCGGACCAUAGGGCGCACCUAGUUUUUAGAGGGGGAAAUCAAGAAAAAAAAUCUUAUUUCCCCCCCAGCCCCAAAGAGCAGCAUACAGGCUGCGCACAACCUCUCCCUGCUUGAGGGGUUGCAUGCGGCUAUGGCACAAGCCAAGACAGCGAACGGGAUGGAUCCCGCUCGCUGUUUUGGCUUCCUCUUUAGCUCCGUGCAACCUCACCCUGCUGGAGGGGUUGCGCGCGGCCAUGGCACAAGCCAAGGCAGCGAGCGCCUCGCUGUGAAGCUGGAGGAGGAACAGAAGGAGACCCUUCUGUUCCUCCUCCAGCUUCGCAGGACAGGCGCCUCGCUGCGAAGCGAGAGGAGGAACAGAAGGAGUCCCUUCUGUUCCUCCUCCAGCUUCCAGGCAGGUGCGUGGCUGAAGGGGCGCUGCACAGUUCUCCCUCUCUGCAAAGGAGAGGCACUGUGCAGAGAGGGAGAACUGCAGCGCCCCUUCAAGCGAAGCUGGAAGAGAAUCAGAAGGAGACCCUUCUGUUCCUCCUCUGGCUUCGCAGGACAGGCGCCUCGCUCCCCGGGCUUCGGGCUGCAGGCUGCUAUCCGCAAGCCUUCGGAGCCCGGCAGGAACUCCUGCUGCUCUCCGAAGGCUUGUGGAUAGCUUCUUGAAGCCUGGAGAGCGAGAGGGGUCGGUGCGCACCGACCCCUCUCGCUCUCCAGGCUUCAGUGAAAACCUGCAUUUGCUCCAUAGGACGCACACACAUUUCCCCUUCAUUUUUGGAGGGGGAAAAGUGCUUCCUAUAGAGCGAAAAAUAUGGUAUUUUCCCAUUGCUUUCUGGCCCUUAACCAGUUACCGGUCCAUGAGAGGAUCUGGAAGUCUAGGUACACUGUGUCUCCAUAAUCACUUCUGUGUGCCCUGUAAAUAUCAAACUUCUUGCUCAUCAUGAAAUUGAUCUAAAACUAUGGGUAAUUGCAUCUUUCUUAGCAGAGUUUUAUCCCUAUAAUUCUGAGGAUAGGGCAUAGGUACUGUACACUGUAAGAGGGCAAUCUCCAACUAUGUGCAGGUCUUGUAACUUCCAUUCAUGGACACACAUGUCUUGCCCGAAUAUUCCCUUUUCUUUAAUCUACACAUUUCUUUAUAAACUCACUAUGCUGUUGUGGCAACUUGUGGAUUUUUAGCUAUGUUUCUGGAUGGAAGACCCCAGUAUACAUGCUAAGUUGGAAAGUUUCUACGUUUUUAAAAAAGCUAGGGAAAUACUGAAAGGAGUAACUUCAUGGAAACUGGGCACAAGCGUCUCACUUUUCGGCUGAGUAAUUUUUGUUGUGUAACUAGCCCACUUGGCCUUCUGUUUUAUGGAAUGUGAAAUGUCCAUUGAAUGAAACUUGGUAUAUGAAGUCCAGGAAGAAUUCUAUGUUUCAGCUCCCUAGUGGUGACCAAAAAUGUAAUCCUGGGGAACACCAGGGAAAAUCUGCAGCAACAUAUUAAAACGCACACCGCUAGAAAUAUUCUUAACAAUACCCAACUGCAUCUUGUUACUGGGCGCAGGAUCACUGUCACACUCUGCUCCCUUGCUUUAGAAAAUAAACGAUGCAAGUCAGUCUUGCCUCUCCGGAACAAUGGGAAUCCAGUGUUCCUUCAAGAUUUUGUUGGACUCCAAAGCCCACCAUCCUCAACCAGCAUGGCCAAUAGUGAGAGGCGAUAAGAGCGUAUUGUUUGAUAGAAACAAUGGUGUGGCAUUCACCUAAGUUUGAUUCAUAGAAGACCCACGGAAAUUAAUGGACCUAACUUAAGUCCUCUUCAUUAAUUUCAAUAGGUAUACUCUGAAUAAACUCAGUUGAAUACCAUGUUAAGACAUGCCAUUAAGUCAUUAGUUAGCCUGAAGUUCAUUUACUUAAAGGUCUUGAAGUCAUAAGCUAUUAGCACUGAAUUUGUUCUAAUAUUAAUUUUAUUUAUUUAUUUAUUUAUUUAUUUAUCAAUGGGACGUGGGUGGCACUGUGGUCUAAACCACUGAGCCUCUUGGGCUUGCCGAUCAGAAGGUCGGGGGGUCGAAUCCCCACGGUGGGGUGAGCUCCCGUUUCUCUGUCCCAGCUUCUGCCAACCUAGCAGUUCGAAAGCAUGCCAGUGCAAGUAGGUAAAUAGGUACCAAUGCGGCGGGAAGGUAAACAGCGUUUCUGUGCACUCUGGCUUCCAUCACAGGGUCCUGUUGCACCAGAAGUGGUUUAGUCCUGCUGGCCACAUGACCCGGAAAUCUGUCUGUGGACAAAUGCCAGCUCCCUAGGCCUGAAGGCGAGAUGAGCGCUGCAACCCCAUAGUCACCUUUGACUUGACUUAAGCGUCCAAGGGUCCUUUACCUUUACCUUUUUACCUCCAUAGGUACUCGUAUCCGUUUUUUGGAAGCGCUGCACCCAUUAUGACAAACCCUCCCGUGGAAGUAAGGAAGAACAUGGAAGUGUUUCUUCCCCAGUCAUAUUGUGCAUUUGAUUUUGCAACGAUGCCCCAUCAGCUACAGGAUACCUUCUUCAGGUAUGUAACAAGGGUGACAUUUUAACAAUCUCUGCAUUGGCACAUUUCUCUUUCCUUCACAGCCAUACUUACAUUUUGAAAUUGCAAGUUAGCACUAGCUCAACAUGACUUUGUAUCUUCUCCCCAUCCUCCCACUUUAUCUAGAUCUGCUCUGGAGGGUUUGGGGAGCAUUCCCCUUAGCACUACAUUAAAUACAACCCUAUACAUUUGUCCUCAGGAUUGGUUAUUUACCGUAUUUUUCGCUCUAUAGGACGCACCCGACCAUAGGACGCACCUAGUUUUAGAGGGGGAGAACAAGAAAAAAAUUCUCUCCCUCUCUACACAGCGCCCCUUCAGCGAAGCGGCAGGAGAAACGGAGCCCCUUCCAUUUCUCCUCCUGCUUCGCUGAAGGGGCGCUGCACAGAGAGGGAAAGCUGUGCAGCGCCUCUCCAGCGAAGCAAACCCAGGAGAGCAAGAGGGAUCAGUGCGCACCGAUCCCUCUUCCUCUCCAGGCUUCAGCGGGCUAUCCCGCUGUGCUUUGGAGGCUUUGCGUUGCUUUCGCUGAAGCCAUGGAGCCUGCAUUCACUCCAUAAGAUGCACACACAUUUCCCCUUAAUUUUCGGAGGGGGGAAAUGCAUCUUACAGAGCAAAAAAUACGGUAGUUCAGGUGGCACGUUUUGUGUCAGCGAGGUGGUAUGGUAUUUGCUAAUAAGUUCCAUUUAAAUAUUUGUCCCUGCUUUGCUUUUUUCUUUUUUUUUUUUAAAUCAUAUUUAUUAAAAUUUCCAAAAAUAUAAAAAUACAAAGAAAAAAGACAAAAGAAAGAAGAUAUUUAAAAACCUUACUUUCAUUCCCUACUUUCUGGGACUCCCGCCCCCCCAAUUGUAUUCCCUUUCCUUAAUUUGGUUCUACAAGCUCUCACUCCCAAUUUAAAGCUUAAUUUGUUUAACCCACUAUCCAGAUUGAAUUGUACAAAUCUUACCACCGUCCCACAUCAUUAACAGAAAAAGAAAAAAGAUUUUCCCCAAGAUCCACCCCAGUUCCUUCCACAAAUUCCCUUUUUUUAAACACGUCCGAUCAAAGUAAAAUAACAUGCGUAAGUUAUGUAAAGAAAUAGAAAAUAAGAGAUAUAGAAAAAUUCAAAAAAUGGUUACACAGCCUUUGGAUUUCAAAUCUCCCCCCCCCCCUUCCCCGGUUUGAAUUCCCCAUAUCCAUCAGUCUAUACAUUAUCAGCUUGGAAGUCUCGUUUCAUGACCAGAUUUCUCCCCGAUUCCAUCUUGCCGGUUUUCUUUUAGUUUAUUAAUUUAAAUAAUAUUUGACUUCAAAUGUCCAAUCUAACAAAGGCCUUUAAUUUCCUUUGAUCUUUACCACUCCUCCCGUUGUUCUUUCCGUGUCGUAAUCAGUCCUUUAUUCUUCUUAUUCCUCACUUUCGAGUAUCACUGGUUUGCAGCUGCUAAAACUUAUUAGAACAUUUCUAGGUUUGAAGCCCUAAUACUUCCGUAGACAAAUACUAGUUCGAGAUACAACGCAACGAUUUACACCUUAGUUCCAAACCUGUUCUUGUCUAAUCAAUCAAGUUUUCCAACAGUUAUAUCCAUAUAUUGUAAAAAUAACGAUCCUCGUCUCUUCACAGCCGACACGUCCUCUCACAGGCAUCUCUUUUACCCUUCCAGCAUUUCUUAAUCAUUAAUUAUUUUAUCAAUACUUCUUGGACCUUGUAGUCUGUUUGCGUGACUAUCGCCCCUCGCAACAAAUUUGACGUUUCCCAAUUACGGUUGUUAGAAUUUAGAAGCCCGUUGGCGCAGGUGGACACCCGCCUCCGACUGACGAGUAGCGAAGGCUCAACGGACUCGCCUGGUUUGGCCGCGACAGCCCUGCCAGACCCCCGGGCCGGAGGUCCGCCGGCGAUCGCUACCCGCUCUGCUUUUUCCAGCAGUGUGGGCAUGAUCCUGUCAUCUUCACAAAGGGCAGAAUGCAGAGCCAUGACACUUGCAGUGUGUGGCCUCGGUCUCAUUCGCUUCCACAUCUAUAGGGGUAAUGGACAGGGGAGAGUAGGUUGGUUUCUAGUGGUCCUAGCAACUGGGGGUAUAGCCUGUAUGCAAGGGCAGGUAGGGACUCAAAUUGCCGAAUACCAGAGAUCUGGGUGCAUGCUUUGAAGAACCAGGUACUUGCCCAGCACAGUAGGGGGUGGCAGGUGACAAAGGGAGAUAUGGUUCUCUCUGUGUGUGUUGUUUUCUAAGUGAUGGAUUAGGUCCCGCAAAGCACAUUUGGUCAUCUCACCCUUCGUAUGAUUGCACUUUGCUCUCUGUGUGCAACUGGUAGGGACUGGAAUCUGCCCUAUAUCAUUCACUGACUCAGUUCGAAACCUGCAAACCUAUUCUAAACUGAAUGUACUUCAGAGCAACUCAUUCAUAUUCAGAAGAAAUACUACUUGCUUGUGGAAGCUGUUGAAUUUUCACUCCUAAUGUGAUGUGACACAGGUUUGGAUGGGUUUUUACUGUUGUUAAUGGCUUAACCAGUAGGAAUGGAGAAACCUUAAGAUAACAACUUCACCAUCGUUCUUCCCUUGGAUUGGGACCUAUUUUCAGAAAUGCAGGAAGUCAAAGUAUAUCGCUCAAUUGUAUAUUUCUAGGAUGAGAAAUUACUGUGAUGGGUGUGAAAUGUUCUUGCAAAAUUGAGCAUCCUUGAACUCCUUCAAGUGGUUGUACUAUUUUGCCACAGGGUAGCAUUGAUGUCUGCCAGUGCAUCUAUGCCAACAUCACAAAAGAUGUAAAAUAAAUGCAUCUCUUCUAUCCAUCCCAGCCUACGGCAACUGAGGAAAAACCCAUCUAUGAGAACAAAUACAAACUCCUGUAUGCUAUGUGUCUUUUUUCUCUCUGUAUUUCAGGAUACCAUUGCUGGUGGAGUUGUGGCAUAAAGAUAAAACAGCCAAAGACUUACUGCUGGGAGUUGCAAGACUCCAGCUUUCAAAUAUUUUGGCCAUGGAAAAAACCCGCUUUCUAGGUGCCAGUGGGGAACAGUGCUGGCGCCAGACCUUCAGUGAAACAAUCCCUGUUACAGCAGCGCAAGGGUACAAUGAGCUUUGAAAAAUUAGGUUCCUCUGUUAUAGCUGGUUCUGUUUAACACUCCUAUAGGCCUUUUGGAAUUAUUAUUUUUUUGCAUUUAGUAAAACUCUUAAUACUUAUUUUUGAAGAGCUUGCAUAACUCUUAAUUUUGGGGGACAAAAGGGAUCAGUGGAACAAUAGUGUGGGAGACCACAUCACUUCCAUCCUCUUGUGAUGCUGCAGAGCUUCUGAAAGAAUACAGUGGUACCUCGGGUUACGUACGCUUCAGGUUACAUACGCUUCAGGUUACAGACUCCGCUAACCCAGAAAUAGUACCUCGGGUUAAGAACUUUGCUUCAGGAUGAGAACAGAAAUCGUGCUCCAGCGGCACGGCAGCAGCAGGAGGCCCCAUUAGCUAAAGUGGUGCUUCAGGUUAAGAACAGUUUCAGGUUAAGUACGGACCUCCGGAACGAAUUAAGUACUUAACCCGAGGUACCACUGUACACUCAGUUGAACUUGAAAAGUGAUACCAAUUUGUACUUGUAGAAGUGUACACAAAAGAUUCCAAAUGUGCCUUUCUUUAGCAGUCAUGCAAGCAUUGUCUGCUGACUUGGUAAAGAUUUGAUUACAAUGUGGAGCUUGGAAUUUUUAAUUUAUAUAACUUUCUAAUGGUAAAUAUAUAUUUAAUUUCAAAAUAUAUGUUUGCACAAUCAUACUUUUCAAUAUAUUACGUAGAAGAUUCUUUCUGAAAAGCAUGAGUGUACCCAAACUUAGUAGCCACUAGAUGGCAGCCCUCCAAACCUAAUUGACUUUAGCGUUUGAUGUCAAACUCAACUCACUGAUGUGAAAGUGACUGUACUCCUUUGUACUGACUUGUUUCAAAUGUCAGAUGUUUAUUUCCUGUAACUCGAUAAGUUUACCCAACUUUUCAGUGUAUUUGCAUAGAAAACUACUUAAACUUUACUAAAAAUGGAUAAAAGGAAGCUUGAGAAACAAAUGUAAACUGUAAAAUUAUUACUGUACGCAACUUGGCUUUCAUAUUUUUGUUUAUUUAGUGAUACUUUUUGACUUUUUUAGUAACAAGACAAUCAUCUGGAAAGAGUCUGGAACAUUUAUUUUUGUGGACAGUUGACCUUAAUGUGUUUCCUUUAGGUCCACACUUGUCAGGUUGUGAGUGUGCAUAUUAAAGUAAGACACUUGCAGCAGCAAAUAUUUAAUUCUGAGCUUUGAAACAAAACUGUUUGCAGAUAUACAGAAAAAUAAGUGUUGAGUCUAACCUGAUAGCCAGUGCCACAACACAAGUGAUUAGGAGGAACAAAGAAGAUUCAGGCAGACCAGAGACUUCAUGAAUAGGAAUAAAUGCUCUGUACUCUAAUAGAGCAGCUAUUCCUUUUUCAACUCUCUGUGUUCUAUAUUCCUAAAAGAAUUGGUGUCAUGUCUGGGUCUGUCAGUCAAUCAAACAAUUUAUUGUGUAUAGCCAAAGGCCUUUACAAUGAGCAUGUUUUGAUCAGUCGUCUGACAGUCAGGAUUGUUUGACUUCUUUAUAUAAAACUUGUUUAGCUCCCGAGAUCUUUUUUGGGAGGAAAGAGAGAAAAGACUGUUGGAGAAAUAAGUCCACUUUUCUCAUGCUUGUUCCAUUGUAAACAGAUGACAGUAGAGAGCAAGAUUAAUCUCGAAUGAGAGAAGAACUGAAAUGUUUUUGUUCUUGUUUAUAGGACAAGCAACAGGAUAGCCGAGCUUUCAUACACAGUGACUCUAGAAGAUUAUGGGCUUUUGAAAAUGCAUGAAGUUGUGGUGUCUGAUUCUUCUCAGGUAAACAGAAAUGCACCCUUUCUUGUUUGGAAAGACACAACUCCGUUGAAGGUUAUCUAAUAGCAUUUCCAUGUUUAGGGUUUAGGUGCCAAUGAGCCACCACUGGUUCCUUCAUCUCAGCCACGUAAUGUUCCUGAAAUCCAGCCGGAAAGAAGAGAAACUCUAGAGUACAAAGCAGCACUUGAAUUGGAAAUGUGGAAGGAACUACAAGAAGAUCUUUUUGAAAACCAGGUUUCUUUAUACAUUUUUUUUUUAACCAGAACUACAGGUCUACUCUUAACAAAAGGCUAAUGUGACAGAUCUUAAACCUAGGUUGCACUUCAGGUGGAUACAAGCGUGGGAAAGAGGUUUUUAAAUUGGAAUCAGCCCUUUAGCUGAUUGUACGACAGCAUUGUACACUUGGCAGAUUCAUAAUGUUCAAUUACAUUUUUAGGCGUGUCUCACAGGGUAAUCACCCCAGUCUCACAUUGUAUCUGGGCAAAAUGGCAGUUUGGUAUAUCUUCAAGAUGUCCCCAGGACAUUGUAUCUGGGCAAAAUGGCAGUUUGGUAUAUCUUCAAGAUGUCCCCAGGACGUUGGCAGCAGGCUAAAACUGAUCUGCGUUUUAGAAAGAUUAUUUAUAUUCAAGAGGAAUCUUACCUAUUUACAGUCUUGAGUGCAAAGGUUCAUCCUUACCGAUACAGGAACACUUCUGGCCUGCUGCCCCAUCCUUCAGUCAUUAUAAUAUAUCAGUCAUGAGACUGUACCACCUUUGGAUUUUACAGAGCACCUUGGAAGAGUGGGGGAGAGAGAAUUACAAAUAUUUGCAAUAUUGAACUAAGAGGAGGAGUGAUUUUAUUCACUGGGGUCUUGCAAUGUACUGGCAUGUUCACUUUCUGUGGGUAUAGCCUGGAAAGUGCCCAGGGUAGCUCAGUUGCUAGAGCAUGAGACUCUUAACCUCAGGGUCGAGGAUUUGAGCCCCACAUUGGGCAAAAUAGUCCUGCAUUGUAGGGGGUUGGACUAGAUGGGUCCUUUCCAACUCUACAAUUCUAUGAUUCUAUUCUACUUUUAAAAUUUCAUUCCACUUCAGUUGCUUUUCCCUCCCAUCUCUCCUGCUUCAGUUGAAUUCAAGUGGAAGCUUACCUCUCUUUUUCCAAUCACUUUUAAGGCUUUCUACUUCCAUUUUAAAGGGAUGUGGGUGGCGCUGUGGGUUAAACCACUGAGCCUAGGGAUUGCCGAUCAGAAGGUCGGCGGUUCGAAUCCCCGCAACGGGGUGAGCUCCCGUUGCUCGGUCCCUGCUCCUGCCAACCUAGCAGUUUGAAAGCACGUCAAAGUGCAAGUAGAUAAAUAGGUACCGCUCGGGUGGGAAGGUAAACGGCGUUUCCGUGCGCUGCUCUGGUUCACCAGAAGCGGCUUAGUCAUGCUGGCCACAUGACCCGGAAGCUGUACGCCGGCUCCCUUGGCCAAUAAAGCGAGAUGAGCGCCGCAACCCCAGAGUCGGUCACGACUGGACCUAAUGGUCAGGGGUCCCUUUACCUUUACCUUUACUUCCAUUAUGUUUCGUAACACACAGUUCUGCUAUUAUUAGCCUAUGAGUUAUGGUAGCAUUUUAUGACUGCUUAAAUAAAUUUGCAAAUGUGGUGUAAAGUUCUCCAUUUUACUUCUGGUUAUGGUAGCUUUAGAUAUAAUUCAGCUUUACACGGCUAUGCAUAACUAUUGCCUCUUACCAGCUAUCAUUUUAAAAUUAAUAGACCUGUAAUCAGUUUUCAGGACUGAUAAUGGGAGCUGUCUGUGUAUUUGAUCUGGAAUUCCCCCCGAUGUCCUGAAUAUUUAAUUUGCAUGCAGUGUUGAGUUUCUAGAGGAAAGACUUCCACAAUAGUUCUGACUGAGUCAUGCAAAUUUUACGGUUUUCGAAGGAAGACAUUUUGAAAUUGCCUUUGUUUUUUGCAGCUGAAGAAGAAGGAGCUAGCUCAUAUGCAGGCUGUUGCAGAGGAGUGGAGAAAAAGGGACAGAGAGAGGGAAGCAUUGGUGAAGAAAAAAGUAAGACCCUUUCCCCUUUGAAAUGCUUCACAGCAUAAUGAACUGUCAUGAUAGCUGGCAGUGGAAAAGGGUGAUGUAUUUCAUUAGUUGCUGGAAGAAGACCUAGACACACAGCCCAUAAAACCUACACAAAAAUACUUUAGGUAACACACCUUAGAGAUACCCUGGAAUUGUUUACGAAUUAAGCUGCAAUAUAUUUCCUUUCGGUUGAGUUUAAAUAAAGAUAUAUAGUACUGCUAGUCUUGCAGAGCAAUCCUGCACUGUAAUAUGCCCCACUGAGUUUUACUCUCAGGUAAAUGUGUAUAGGAUUGUGGCCUAAGUCUUGUUGAAGUCUAUUAGCAGUGCAGGCUCUGAUGCAUAAUAUUUUGAAAUCAUAAAAGUCAAGUUGUCACUUGUUUUGUGGGAUUUCAAGCUCAUUUUAAAUCUGGUUUCUUUUGCAAGGAUAUAGUGUCAUCCAAGAACAAAUACCAUGUUCAGUUUAGAAAGAAUUAUUAUUAUUAUUGUUAUUAUUAUUAUUAUUUAUUAUUAUUAUUAUUAUUUUAACUGUAUACAUUCUAGGUUGCAGAAUAUACUGUUUUGGAAGAAAAACUUCAAAAAACGUUGACUGACUUAGAGAAGCGUGAAAAGCAACUUGUUGGUGCUGAAACUGAGGUAAACAUAUGCAACGCAAUGUUAUAUCUGGCACUGUGCACAUACAGAAACCAUUUGUUUCUGAGCACAAUUCAAAGUGUUGGUGCUGACCUUUAAAGCCCUAAAUGGCCUUGGCCCAGUAUAUCUGAAGGAGCAUCUCCACCCCCAUCGUUCAGCCCGGACACUGAAGUCCAGUGCCGAAGGCCUUCUGGCGGUUCCCUCACUGCAAGAAGCCAAGUUACAGGGAACCAGGCAGAGGGCCUUCUCGGUGGUGGCACCCGCCCUGUGGAACACCCUCCCACCAGAUGUCAAAGAGAACAACAACUAACAGACUUUUAGAAGACAUCUGAAGGCAGUCCUGUUCAGGGAAGCUUUUAAUGUUUGAUGCAUUACUGUAUUUUAAUAUUUUGUUGGAAGCCACCCAGAGUGGCUGGGGAGGCCCAGCCAGAUGGGCGGGGUAUAAAUAAAUUAUUAUUAUUAUUAUUAUUAUUAUUAUUAUUAUUAUUAUUUUGAAAAAACUCAAAAGAACUGUUCCAGUUCAUCUUAGAUUUGUGCUCGGAUUGGAAUUUUUCCAUGCUAUGGAACAUGGCUUUUUCUGGUGCAUAGUUUUGGGGCUUUUGUGUGCAUGUUUUAGUUCAUUGGCAGGUUGGUGUUGAUGGGGAGGGAAAGAGGAGCAUAAUUUUUUAUUUGUGGGAAUACCUAAAAAAUAAGCAAGGUGCAUCUUGUAGCCAUCAAGUAUUCCUGUACUUAAAGCUGCAAAACCAUCAGAUUUGGCAGAGAAAUCGCUGUUACAUAGCUAGGAGCAGGGCCAGAUUUAGAUUUGAUAAGGCCCUAAGCUACUGAAGGUAAUGGGGCCCUUUCUAUGUCCAGCUGUCCUUUGUCAGCAACAAAUUGUCACUGUUUUUUGUGUUGAAUAUAUGCUGUAUGGUAAUUUAUGGACCUAAUAGGUAUCCAAUGCCAUUUUAUUUGUUUUUUAUCUUAUAUUUUGGAAAUGUACAUCCAGUUGUUUUUUUCCUUUAAAACAUUUUUGGGCCCCCAAGAAAGUGGAGCCCUAAGCUAUAGCUUGUUUAGCUUAUACGUAAAUCCAGCACUGGCUAGGAGCCAUGGUUUUUUGCCCUCGUAACUCCAUGGAUGUUGUGGAACACACUCCACACAGCUAGGCUAAGUUUAUACAGUAUUGUUAUAUUAUAAUUAUUAUUAUUAAUUUUAAAAGUUGGUCAAAGAAAUGCAUGAGUUACUCGUGAGAGUAAUGUCAAUCGAGCGUGCUUUCUAAAUGAGGCAGCGCAGGUUUACAUCUGGACAACCACAGGUGCUGAAAUCUCUCUCUCUCUCUCUGUGUGUGUGUGUGUGCUUUAAAUUUUAAGCUCCAAAGAGCAAAGAAAGAGCUCCAAGCAGAGCAUGAACGAAACCGUCAGGAGCUUCAAGAUGCAAUGCGGCGAGUCAAAGAAGAAUGCAUGCAUCAGGUGGAGCUGGAAAAAUCUAGGUUCAGACAGUUGGAAGAGGACAAGAUCCGCUUGCAACAACAAGUGAGUGGAACUUAACUUUUCCAAGUUAGAUACAACCAGUGCUUUUUCCCCUAAAAAAAUGCUUAGGGGUACUCUUAUUGUGACUCAAGAAAAUCACCAUUUUAUAGUUCAAAUCGGGGAAAAUAAAUAAAGUAAAUGGACAAAAGUACAAAGAUUCAGGAAAUGUUGGGGGGGGAAGCACUGGAUACAACUUUAUUUAAUGGUAGAGAUGGACAUAGAUUUUUUGGGUGAUCUUACGGCCAAGUUAAUUAAAGCUUUAAAAUAUCCUGUUCUCCUUCAAUAAAAGCAAAAAAGGGAGUCCAGAUAUUUUAAUGCCACCAGCCUCGCAGAGGUGUCCGUGGAGGGGAUAUAUUGAUCGAAAGGGUAUUGUAUUGUAACUGUAUUGUAACUUUUGAAUAAAUGUGUUUUAAAAAAAGUUAAUCACAGCUAAUUAAUGAGAUUAGGUUGGUGGUGCUUCCUGAGGGCACCCCUCUCUCUUUAAUGCUAAGGACCAAACUAUGUGCGCAGUGUAUUCUUGAUGCUUCUAAAAUGUUCAUUGACAGAUUUGUGCGAAUCUUCUCAGGACCAAAGGCCCUCCCAUUUUUUAGAAGGGCGUUUUUGAGUUUGAUCCACUGUUUAUUGAGUUUCCUUCAAGAAAUCCAAGUGUCUUGGAUAUCCUCCAUAUCUUUUAUUUUCUCCAUCUCUCUUGCUAUGUUGCUAAGGAAGAAUUUACUUAUCACAACCUUAGCUUUAUAAAUAAUUUGCCUGAACAAAAUACUUAUUUUUUUCCAUUUAUGUGUUGACUUUUUUGACUUGUCUAAGUGGUUAAUAAUUUUCUAAAAAUCAGUAAAGAAUAAGAAUAAUGUUCAUUCACUGCAUUAUUGGUAGUACUGUGCAAGAAACAGGAGGAAACUGCAUAAAAUCAUUUUCUCAGAAAGGCCUGUUGGAAUGAAACAAAAAAAUCUCAAGUGCCCUUCUAAAUCAUUAAGAGAAAUCUAGCAGAUUUCCCAAGGAGGAAUGGUGGCUGCCAUCACAAAGAAGUUUUUUUCCUUUUUAAUAUUUGGUGUGCAUAUCUCUCUCUCUCCCUCUCUCUCUCUCUCUCUCUGUGUGUGUGUAAAAACUAUAAAGCAAUGUAAUAUUUGGGGAACCAUUUCUUAAUCUUUGACAAUCUGUUUGUAUGGUAGUAGUGCUCCUUUUGUGAUGCUCUUUGGAGACCCAGUUGAAGACCAGUAAUCUAUUGGGCAAAAUGUUCCUUUCAGCUCUUUGUUGUGUUAUCAUCUAGGCAUAAACUCAUCCAACUUCUGUUUCUUCUUCUUCUUCUUCUUCCAGCUUUAUGACUGGGAAAACAAGUAUAAAGCUCUGGAGAAAGAGUUUCAGCAAUACAAGGAACAGCAAAGCAGCAAGCCAGAAAUCCGGCUGCAAUCCGAAAUAAGUAUUCUAACUUUAGAAAAGGUAUGUCUACAAUUUUAUCUGAAGGCUCAGAAAGAAUAGCGGCAUUUUACAACAGAUUAAAUGUAGACGGCAUGAACAAGAAAAAACAAAACUUGGAAUAAACUCCAAAUUUAACCCAGCCACAAAAUUUGCAUCAUAAAUAUAAACAAAACAAAAGAAUCCUUCUGGAAGAUGCUGUAGCUUUUAAGAGCUUGCCAGGGAUAGGAGUUUCACAUUCCUUUACAGUUCAUCUGUGGCAGUAUUUUCCAGAUUUCAUUGUUACUGAUAACUCAAGCAGAGUACACCUAAAAUGAGUUUUUGAUCCAGGAUAAAUUGUAAUAAAUAUUCUUAGACCAUUGGUUAUCGAGGUACUACCACUGUUGCGUAGGGGGGGGGAAAUGGUAAGCCAAGUUAAGUGUUUGCAAAAUGUUCUUAAUUCAUGGCAGACACCAGUCAUUAGAUGGACAUGAACUCUAGAGGCCCUUCUUGUUGUAUCAGUAGCUUCAUUUAGACUCUUCUUACUUAUGAUAGCUUGAGCUUGUUAUUUAUAAAUGUUGCAUGUUUGACAGCACUGCGAAUGUAUGUAGUUUUCAAAAUUCUAAUCUAUGCCUUUGACUCAGAAGAGGUAACAUAUAUCCAGUUUAUGAAGAAAAGAUUGGGGGAUUUUCCUGAUAAGCAGUUCUUUAUCUCUUUUGGGGUGUGGAAUUGGCAAGAGUUAGGAAAGGACUCUUAAUAAUAAGUUUAUUAUUUAUACUCCACCCAUCUAGCUGGGUUGCCCCAGCCAGUCUUGUAAAAGAAUGCAGUUUUUAAGCUACUGUCUCAAAUUCCCAGGCAAUAGCUUCAGACUUCAUUUUAUUGCCCCAGAUCUGGUUCCCACAAACAUCAGUUUGGACAGUCAUAUAUAUUCAAUGCAUGUAUAAGAUGCUGCCUUUUUAAAAAACAACAACCUGUGUUACGAUGUGAUAGAACAACAACCAAAGAAAUGAGGACUCUCUGUUCACCAGCCGUUAACCAUUAGGAUGUCCAUACAUAUGUCCUUGCUUACUCACUCACUAACAGGGUUAGUGAAACUGUACCAUUGUAGCUGAAGGUCAGGGACCAUGGGAGUUGUAGUCCAGUAACAUCUGAUGAGCCACAGUUCCUCACUCCUGCAUCUAGAGCAAUGUUUCCCAAACUUGGGUCUCCAGCUGUUUUGGGACUACAACUCCCAUCAUCUCUAGCUCACAAGAUUAGUGGUCAGGGAUGAUGGGAAUUAUAGUCCAAAAACAGCUGGAGACCCAGGUUUGGAAAUCACUGAUCUAGAAGCAGGUUCUACUUUUUCUUGAGCCUCUGUACAGAACUUGCAGCUUUGGACAUUGAAUUCUAACCAGGGACAUGGAGUUGGCCUGAAUAUUACUCCUGAAGUCAUACUUCCAGAUCCUACAGGAUUCAGAAGCCCCCAACAGAAUAGUUUUAUUUUUCAUAGCUGAAGUAGAAGCAGUUUACAAGUCCUCCUGGCCUGGCAAUGCGUAAGAAGACCAGUUAAGGGGGGAAACAUUUUCUGCUGCUUUUGAGGGAGCGUGAGUUAUUUAAUGCAGAGACAUGAUCUUUCAAACUGAAGACUUAAAAGGUGCAAUCUAACCAAACUAAGAGGCACACAUUAGCUAGAAUUUCAAGGAUCAGGCAUGCCAAGUCUUGCAUCAUCAAUUAAGCUGAAAUAUGAACAGCGAGUGAUUUUUAUAUAAAAAUGAAUGCUAUCUUUGAGUCCUUUGAAGAUGUUUAAAAAUGGUUUACAUGAACUGUUUAGAUGAACUGUCUCAGACUGCAGACUAAUCCAGUUUUGCUUUGUUGGACAAUAAAAAUAAGGCUAAUGCUUAAACGAGGAUAUUCUUGUGCACCACAGUAUUUACAUCAAAUUGUGUUACAGCUUUAGAAGUUACAUGCUAUACUAAACUAUUUUUGUAAUACAAGUUUUGUAUAUUCAAUUGCAUAAAGAUUAUUCCUACGGUUAUAGUGUUUGUUGAUAGAGCUCUGCUCUUUAUUAGGGGGACCUUGAAAGGAAGUUGGAAUCGGCGACCAAGGCAAAACUACACUACAAGCAGCAAUGGGCGCGAGCGCUGAAGGAACUAGCAAGGCUUAAACAGGUGUGUUUAAGAUAAAUCAGUGGUGGGGAACCUAAAGCCCAGGGCCAGAAUGUGGCCCUCCAAUCUUCUCUGACUCUUGAAACUCUCAUGAGAACAACAAGAGGAAGUUGCUUCUAUAUACAUUAGUGAAGCCAAAUCUGUCUUGCUGUGGUGUGCCUACUUAGGAGAAAUAACUGGAGAUAUUAGUGUUUAUCAAGGAUGCUUGUAAAGAUCUUUCAUCGUUUGAGGAAAAAACAAUAGCUGUCUCAGCUGCUGGCAUCUUUUGCAGCCCACAAAAACCAGAGAGGAUACUGUGAUAUUUACACACUUGGAAAAUUGUGGCCUAGAUGUGCAUUUUGCCUGGAGAAAGUAGUUUCUCUUGAGUACGAAGUACAUCACAAACAUUGCCACGUUCAUUGCUCAACAACAUUGCUCAAUGACAUCAGUAUUUCCACACUGUAUAUUUUAAUUUGAGAUUAAGAGGUAAUGAGUUGGGCCAGUUCACGGUCUCCUAAACCAAAGUCCAGUGGGCCAGAAUUGGCAUUCAUUGAUGAUGCAUCUUAAUUGAUGAUUUCCCUACAAAUCCCUGCAUUAUUUGAAGCACCUGCAGCCUGCCUUCAGAUAUGGAACAGGUUCUCUGGAUCACUGUCAGAGGCUGUGUUACUGUUUUUGAUGAUCUAUGAUUGGCUAUAAGCAGGAGUGGGCAACCUUUUUGGUUCAUGGGCAAAAUUUGACAGGUGAGUGGGGGCUGUCUACCUGUCAGUCACCUGACUUCAGAAAUGAUUUGGGAGGCUGCUUUGAAGUCCCAAAGUUGGGAUUUCAAAGCACAUAGCAGGCAACAAGAAAGUCAACCGAUGAAAUGAAGUGUUGUUGUCAUUUAAAUUAGCACCUUGCUGCUUGCUAUGUGCUUUGGAAGUGCAGUCAAACUGAGCAGGAUUGCCCUCCUUUUGCUGAUGUGAGGUGAGAGAAAUCUUGCUUAGUGCUGGGUUUGAGUAUGUGAGCGGUUUUCUUGCAGGUGCCUUUUGCAUGCACCUGGACCAAGCUGCGUCCCCCUUCUUGGGGAAUGGGCAAUCCUGCUUAGCACUGGAUUUCUGUUUUAUCAAUGCUUCAAACAGCUGGUUUUCAGGCACUUUGGAAGCCACGCGAGGGGGCUUUAGCGAAGCCCUGUCCUUUUGACCUAGCACCGCCCUUAUUCAUCUGGAGUAGAGUGGACAGGUGUCAUUUGCCCAAACCGUCCUCAUAUGCCAAAUGAGAAAGCCUAGGAGGCCAAGACUGACCCAUGGACUGGAGCUUCCCCACCCCUGUUUCUUGAAAAUAAAAUAAAAAAGGUUUCCCGAAAAACGCGAUGAGGCCAUUUCCAAAAGUUAACAAAUGCCUGAAUGAAAACUUAGAUUAUACUUCUCAGUGCUUUUUCCCUUUGAAAUAAGACUGUUAAAGCUUGUUUAGAACACGUCAAACAUUUAACCUUCCUUUGUGCAUCUGUGCUAAAGUUAAACUGAAACCCUUUUAAAUGAACCGGUCGAAAGAAUCCUCCAUUGUGUUUUGACUAUAAAAUUAUAAAUUUAGAGGCCUUGAGGAAUGUUAAGUCUGCUUAAGUUCUGAUGAUUUGUGUUAUUUUUUGUUUAAGUUGGAUUAAUACCAUGUUAAUUUCACAUUGGUUCUGGUGAAUAGCUAUGGGGUUGUAAUUUGUGCCAGAAACUUGUCACACCAGAGCUCUCUGGAGAACUAUACACAACAUUUAUGUUGUGAGAAUUAGACGCAAAAAGCCGUAUCUUGGAUUGUUAAUAAAUGUUAAUGACAAAACCCAGCUGGCAAGCCUUUGGAAAGGCGAUCAAAUGCUUUGUGGCCAUUGCCAGAGAAGUGUUUAAACAGAUUUCCAUUAAUCAAAAAUAGAAAGUAUAGUCAAGCUGUGAAUUAUAGAAUCAUGUAAAGCAUUCAAGUAUUUAGCAUAAUGCCCCUUUAUUCCAUGCAAUCUUAGUUUAAAUAUUAGCCCUCUCUGUUCCUUUUACUCAGAGCAGGUAACAGUCCUCUUUCAAUGCAAAAACUAAAAUAUAAAAUAUAGAAAUGCACAACUAUUAGCAAUUAGCUAUUAAAACACAAUAUAGUAACAGUGUGUUAUUUCUGGAAUCACCUAGUGAUUAAUAAAAAUGGUGGUCAACUAAAUAUGCGAUGGAGAAAGGCUUUUCUUUUCUUUUUUUGAGGUGAUGGGAAAGACUCGUACACUGUGCUACAUAAGAGCUGUACGAAUGAAGAUGAUGAGGAUCUCAAAAUAUCUGGGGGCAAAAAUAUUGCCCCAAUAUUUUUUGUGCUAACACAAGGGGAUUUUCCUAUGCUCCUAAUCUCGCUGUUCCCAGAUCUUCUCCAGAGUGUUAGAAGAACCCACAGAACAGGUUUAGGGGAAUACAGGGGAGGACAGGGAGAGGAUGUUGCAAUGCACAAGGAUAAAUCCUUGUGCUAACAGAACACUCACCUUGGUGCUACGUUGAAUAUAACCCAUGCUUCCCAUGGUCCUAGGUUUGGAGGAAAGAAAGCACAGCCAGUAAGAGAACUGUUACACAUGGAGAGAGGAGUCUCAUGGCAAGAAGAUCUGUUUGUUCUUGCCAUUCUCUUCCCUCUGAUCAGAGACAUGGCGCUUUCUUAGCAUGUCCUCCCUUAAUACUUAAUCCCUGACAGUUGCAUAGAAGUAAUGCAGCUGCUGUAUUCUGCAUUAAACACAGAGCUGGGGAAUGGAUGGAAGCUGGCCAUAGGGCACUGGAAUGCAGGAUAUUCUGACCCACAUGUGAAAGUUACCUACGACAGGGAUAAAAUAGGAAGGCAGGCUAGUGGUUGCAUCCCUUCUUCCAGUCCCCCGUGGCCCAACUUCUAAUACCUUAGCCAAAAAGACUGUGGCUCUUAAAGGGCCAGCUCCUUGGGCUGCAGACAAGCAUUCUGCCUUUUCUUGACCUCUUGCCUGGCUCAUUCCCUGUGCCAUUGGGCAAGUGUAAAGGUAAAGGGACCCCUGACCAUUAGGUCCAGUUGUGGCCGACUCUGGGGUUGCGGCGCUCAUCUCGCUUUAUUGGCCGAGGGAGCCGGCGUACAGCUUCCGGGUCAUGUGGCCAGCAUGACUAAGCCGCUUCUGGCGAACCAGAGCAGCGCACAGAAACGCCGUUUACCUUCCCGCCAGAGUGGUACCUAUUUAUCUACUUGCACUUGACGUGCUUUCAAACUGCUAGGUUGGCAGGAGCAGGGACUGAGCAACAGGAGCUCACCCCGUCGCAGGGAUUCGAACCACCGACCUUCUGAUCGGCAAGUCCUAGGCUCUGUGGUUUAACCCACAGUGCCACCCGCGUCCCUAUGUGAGGUGGACAUACUUGCAAAAACUUAAGCCAAAUAAUCACUUUGUUAGUUGCUAAGGUGCCACAAGACUCAUUGCUUUCUUUGCUGCAACAGACUAAUGAAACUGUAAUGUACAUCCUUAGAUGAGCACCAAAGUCCACUGCUAUUUUGUGCCCUAGGCAAACUCUUGAAUCCUAUCCCCUUCUUCACUCUGCACAUUCUCAGAGGAAGUGUGUUUUCUGUUUGCCCCGCUUCCUCCAGGAGCUGAGGGCUACCUCAAAUUAAGUGAGGGUGGGGGACAUCCAGGCAGGAGACCCCCCCACCAUGGCACCUCUAAGACAUGUCCUCUGAAAGACCCCCGCCUUGUUUUCCUGCAACCUUCAAGCACCCUAAAAUUUUUGCCUCCAUAGGCAGCUGUGUAGUUCGCCUAGUGAUAAGACUGGCUUUGCCAAAGUCUGCCUAAAGUCAAAACUUUAUGAGGGAAUUUCAGAAGUCGAACGAGAGCAAAUACAUAUUUUGAUAUACCGAUUUAUAUUUUAGCUUGAAUUUUUGACAGUAAGAUUACCAAUGCUUGUAAAUCUGAGAAGUCCAAAAUUCGAGAACUGUAGCAAUGUUGCAAUGCAGUUGUAACUAGAAAGAAUGUUGCAAUUCAGCUUUUGGUGAUUACAAAGGGAUCUGUCUGGAUUUCGAAUGUUUCUGUAAAAACUCAAAAGUAUGUGCAUUUGAGAUAAGUGGUUAUUAGAGAGUUUAAGUCUUACCAUUUUUGUACUCUGUGUGGAUUUGUUCGCAGCAAAACUAGUGCAUUUGUUUUAAACAAACACAGACUUUAUUGGCUGACACUGGCUCUAUCUUGUCCAGCCUCCUGCUUAUCCUCUCAAGGUAAUUAAUGUGAUUAAUUUACAAGUAAUUUAGCCAAGGAGAGGAUGUAAAUCUUUGCUUUAAAAAACAGUUAGAAGUCCGAGCCUCGGUUAAAAACUGUGUCUUGAAACCAUCCAGACCCUCCUACUGAGUUGUCAGCUCUGGGUUAUUUUCAGAAAACUGGAGUUGAGUUCCUUCGCUUCAGUCGUACGUUUUUUCCCACAGACUUGCUUGGUAUGUACAAGUGGGAGAGUGAAUUGUAGCCGCUAUUUAGCCAUUGUUUAGUCUAGUGUGUGUAUGUCUACAUCUUCCCUCUGGAUUUAUAAGCUGCUAUGACAAAAUAAAGAUUGUUCUCCUUUGAUUGAAGAGCCUCUUAGCUAUAGCACCUGGCAGAAUGCAAGGGUUAUUUUGUAGAUUGAUUAAAAAAAAAUUAGUGAUUUACUAAUUUUUUAUUAUUGGUGAUUUACUAAUUUUUUUUUACAUUUGUUGCUGUUGUAGAACUUGGAGGCCAAGAGUUUAGACAGCAUUGAUUUGUUUAUUGGGAGUAGCAUAGAAUCAUGGAUUUGUAGAGUUAGAAGGGAACCCUGUCUGGUCCAAUGCCAUGCCCUGAAGAAAUCACAGUUAAAAAAAAAAACACCUGAUAGAUGGCCAUUCAAACUCAGCUUAAAAACAUCCAAUGAAGGAGACUCCAUCAGCUUCGAAGGUAGUCCAUUCCACUGUUGAACAGCUCUCACCAUGUUCAUAGGGAGUCUCCUUGUAAUUUGACAUUAAGGAUUACAAAGUUCCCUUUCUAUGUUAAGUAUUUUUUGUCAGUGGCUGCUAUUGGGAAAUAAUUCCUUGCUCUCUGAGAUUUUCUUCUGCGCUGGACAUGAGAGAGUUGUGAUCAACAACUCCAGUAUCUUGGUUGUGCCUUCCUCCUGGGAAAUGCAGACACAGAACUCAACUUCUUCGCAUGCCAACAGUUCUUCCCACUCUUCAGAACUGCUAUAAAAUGACGAGAGUAGUUUUUAGCUUUUGCAUCUGAAAAUAGGAGAAAAGAUCAUAAAUUUCAGCUCUUCAUGAGGUGGAUAUUAGUGGAUAUUAGUAAGGAAAAUGAUUCUCAAUGAAGGAUUUUAUGUGCCUCUCCAAAGAAUCUAGAUAAGUAUACUUAGACUAUAUGGGUGUUUGGUUUGUGAACAGCAAUCUACCCUUGCUAUUCAGUUAUAACAGACUCCAGAGAACCUAGAGCAGUAGAUAAAUAUUUCCUAUCAAUAUGUGGUUAACAUAAUCAAGGUAAUUACUUACUAAUGGGAUCAUUGAAAUUGCUCUCAAGGGGUCAUUAGACACACACACUCUCUGUGCUGGGACUGUAUGGAAGUAAACUAUUACAACCCAUUUUUUAUAUUUCUGUAGCUCUAAAUAUAGUAUGAGGUUGCUGAAGGAUGACUUGAUUAUUGUAGUUGUCUAGACUUGUGAAAUCCAAGCUGCUUGAAGCUUAAGUGAUCUGAGGAUUAAUUCAAUAAUACAUUGCAGGUGAUGUCAGGAUGCCCCUGUUUACUGCUUUGCUAGUACCCUAAAAACAGUGGUUCCUUACAGACAUUCAUGCUAGCUAGCUAGACAUACAGUUUGCUGUGUUGUAUAUUGGUUUUAUGGUUCUCUUUUGUAGGCUACCUUGAAAACCUAGAAUAAUAAAAUUAGGGUUUUUUCUUUUUCUUUUAAAUUUUUCUUUUAAAAAAGACAGGAAAUUCACAACAUAAAAGGACAUCUAAUAGUUUAUACUGAAAGGCCUGGGGAAAGUGCUCCACAACCAGGGUGCCACAACAGAGGAGGCUCUUCCCCUGAAAUCCACUGUCUGCAUCGCAGAAGAUUCAGGGAUUUGGUGAAGGGCCUCUGUGAAUUAUCCUAUAAUUUGGACGUGUAGAAGAAGUCAGUCCUUAGGGUACUUAGAUCCCAAACAGUUUUAUUUAAUGUUAUUUAUUCAAAUUAUACAAAUGUUUAUAUACCGCUGUAUCAUAAAGAUACAUCGCAGCGGUUUACGACAAUAUAAAGCAUGAAACCGAGCAAUGAAAUCAUUAAAAAAGAUCAAAGAUACUUGAGGGAAAGGAGAACUGUACAACUGAAGCAGACAAGAAUGUUUAAAGAUUAAUUUCAGAUGGCAUGCUUUUCAGUAAUCUUACAUAACCAUUACAGCAAAACACUGGUGCUACAUUCCAUGGAAGUCCAUUGUAUGAGGCUGAGGUAUCUGAAAGAAGUUUGAAUGAAGCAGCUCCCAUUUCAAUACCAAACAUGGAUAAAGAAUCUUUUCUACCCCAAAUUCGACUGGCAAACACUUCAUUUUUUUUACAAGCCUCUGAGCUAAUCAUCAUAAAUCAUGUGUUUCAAAUCAUCAUAAAUCUUGUGCGUUAGACAUAGGACUGUAGUAUGAGAAUCAUUCUCAAAGUAUGAAGCAUGUAAAAUAUUUAAAACAAAAAAUUACUUGGUGCUCUCACAAGAAUGUUUAUAUGUACCUUGUGUCGUGGCUUGGACACCUGUCAUGAUUUCUACAGAUAUCUUUCAUUGGGUUCUGUGAAAAUUACCUUAGGCUUUAUACAGCAUAGUAAAUGCUUUGCUUUUCUCAUUAAUGUCUGAAAUGUGCAUAGAAACUGGUACAGAAAACAAGUUGUCUUGGUUGUGGAGAAUUAAGAUUUUUAACCACCUUUUAGUGUCAAAUAAAUGUGGUUUCUAACAUAACUAAUUCCCAAUAUAAAACCAAUACAAGUUUAAAGUUAUUAAACAUCAUAAAAUGCAGGUCACUAACUCAAGCAAUAAUACCAUGUUUAGCCCUGUAACAAUAGUAAAAUUGGAAUUUUAAGGUGGAGUAGUCUCAUAUAUUCAGCUACCCAAUAUGAUCCUCAUUCAAGCUGGAUUUUGGUAACCUUCCAGCGGUUUGACUUCACCCGCAAAGGCUCACUCCUCCAUUGUCUCCCGACAACAAGGUAUCUUUAAAGAAAACAUAGGAACUGGAGUCUAGUGAUCCAUGUUUUUCUCAAAAAAGACACCUUCUCUAAUUGAUUUACAAAAAACUAGCCUAUAUCAAGCUACUUCCUACAUUUAAUUGAAGCAUCUCCUUUAGGUUUGCCAUCUUUCCCUCAACUCGGCACCAUAAUAGCACAUAGGACCCUUCAACUACUCAUCAAAGCUUGAGUCAGUAAUCUUAUCAAAUUGGCUUUUGAUAGGACAAAAUAAUAGAUUUACAGAGUGGUUCUACUUUGGUGAGAAGGCGAGAAUCUGUGACAAAGUAAAUGCCAUAUCUAAGCCUUGCUGGACUUGAGUUGGCUAGGACAGAAGGUGAAAGGGGGCUUCUCCCUCAAUAAUACCAGUGCUCUUGUUUCAUUGGGUUUUUCCCCCAGUCUUCCUCCCAUUAGUUCCUCUAGGGCUGGCAUAUUCCCCCCUCCUCCUUAUGCACCCUUGUGCCAUCAGAUCACUGAUUGGAGAGGCUGAGUAGCCAUGUUGUUUUCUGUGACCUCAACAUGAGACAUCCAAAUGUCUCUCUCUUUGCAUAUGGAUGGGGAGAUGCAUGCACUAACUAUAUGAUUUUUUCCUUUCUCAUUUAGGACUUACGUUGGUAGGGGACAGAAUAUAAGUCAAAGCUUUCUUCUAACUUAAUGGUGUUUGAUAUACACACUUAGUACAAAUGAAACUGUGUUGAGUGUGCUCCUUCUAUGGAGAGGCAGUGAUGGGGUCUUAAGAAGAGGGCUGUAAAGGAGUAUAGCAUAGUCCACUGGAUAUCCCCUACCCCCGCUAUUAAUGUGUGUUACCGUAAUCUUAAAUUUCUCUCCAACUAUCAGACUGUGUCAUUGUUGGAAAGUCCAGAAGGCACUUGUAAUCACUUUCCAAUUUUGAUAGCAACGAGAGACCAUUUGAAAAUAUGACAUAAGCCUCUGUGUAUAGUCAAGAUGAUCCAGCUUGCUUUCAAUAUUUUCUGUCUCCUCUUUUAAAACAAAGCACUGACUAUUAUCUUAUGUAUAUCUGUCCUAGUUUAACGUGCUUGUUUUAAAGUUUCAUUACUGUAUAUUUGUGGGCCAUCAGCAGAGCUGCAUCAUGCACAGCUAAUCAAUGUGGAGGUUCGCAUAUUAUUGCUUAAAUUUGGUAUUUAUUUUAUUCCUCACCGUUGUCAGUCUUAGCGGAUACAACUUAGUUGACCCUUCAGUAAAACUGCUCCGGUGCUUCAGUCAUUCGUAAUGACCUACUGCCUUUUCCUACUUUAUUGAGCAAGAUUUGCUGAUGCUUCCUUGAUGCAUAUUAUUUCUAUGCUGCUUCCAAACUGGAAGCGUCAUAUAUCGAGUUGCAGUGCAUUUACUCAAUUUGAUCUUUGUCUAAUGCCUGUAAACUAUAGGAAAGUUACCCCGCAGCAAUAUUUUCCCUGUGUUUGAGAGAAAGACAAAGAGAUCUCAGUCCACACACAAACUAGGUAAACUGUGAAAAAAUAAAAUAAAUGUGUACAUCUGUGGGAGAUUAAAUGUAGAUGGCUUGGCUUUUCCUUAGCGUGAGCAAGAGAGUGCCAUGGCCCGCCUUAAAAAACAGCAGCAGGAGCUUGAGCACAUGAGACUUCGGUAUCUGGCAGCAGAAAACAACGAAUUGGGGAAGGCGCAACGGCAAGAGCUAGAGGAUAUCAGAAAUGAACUGAACAGGUAUUGUACCAUUUGUUGGAUUUUUACUUCUGCUGCUGAAUAGGUGAAGGUUCAGCUAAGUCAAAUUUAAUUGGCUGUCAGUCCAGUAAAGGAACACAGCUUUCUGUCCCUUAGGUAAUAUUUGCCCAUUUAUAAAAUAUAACAGUCUUGUAUUAUAGGAAAUCUAUGCCAAAGGCCACCAGACCCAGUUUUUUAUCUUGACUGUAGCUAUUACAGCAAGCUUUUCUUUUUUACCUCUUGUUCUAAGCAAACCUGUUUGCUGCAUAAAAAGAUACAUUAAUGGUGCCUGCUGUCAGCUCCCUAGCGAGCAUAACACUUUAUAUUUUAAAUGGCUCGGUACUUCCUGUACCUUUUGACCUUGUGUCUUCUACGUGUUUUCAAACAGUUUAAUUCUUGUUAAAAAUCACUCAAAAACAUAGGCACUGGGUCAAAAAACAUUCUUGUCUUCCAGCAGUAGGCUUAUGCAACAAAUUAAGCACAAUGGCUCUUCCAGUUGGAUAAUCGGAUUUGUUUCUUUUCUGUUCAGUUUGCUUUUAAUUUCCAUUAAUUUUAGUGGGCCAUUUGGUUCUCCAAUACAGAUGAUCAGGAUGCAAAACGCAUCUGCUGAAUUUGCUUUGAUUUUCCUCCUUAGAUUAAAACAGGAAGAAGAAGACAAAAAGCAGUCGCCAGAUCCCCAAGAGGUUUUGGGGUUGCAGAUGCAAAAUUCUCACACGCGGCAAGUAGAUGAGAGUUUAGAUGACUACCUUGCACGCCUGAUAGAGGAGAGGGAUACCUUGCUGAGGACAGGAGUGUAUAGCCACGAAGACCACAUUGUGAAUGAGCUCGAUCGCCAGAUCAGCGAGGUGCUCACCAAAAGAAGCAGAAGCAAGUACCCAAACUUGCAGAACUGAUUUUUGUUUUUCAGUAAAGUAAAGCAUGGCUCGGGUCUCUGCAGAGACCCUGAUCCCGAAGGACUUGUGUGUAUGCUCUGCUUUGUCUUCCAAGACUUAACUGCGACCCUAUUCUACUAUCUGAGGUCUUUGAGAGAAGAGUAUCAGUUGAAUUUUUGACCAUUUACAUGUGUUUGUAUAUAUUUAAAUAUUUCAAUUUUUUAUAGGCGAUUGAACAUUCAACAUCUCUUCCCCCCCAGUUGUCUAACUUGUUUUAUUUAUAGAAUCAUUUUUAACUCCAGUUCUACAUUUCUGUAUAGCAUUUUUGAUUAUGCAUUUGAUAGGUAUCUUGCCUGCUUGCUUUUUAAUAAAAUUAUAUCAAAGCACAAUUUCAAUAAAAUUGCACAAGGAAAAGGGGCCUGCAAUUAUCAUUUUUAAAAUCUAACUUUCAUUGUGCUGUGUCACCUUGGAGACUAUGUUCAACAAAGUAUAGAUUAUUUUAAAUAAACCACUAAAAUUGCCGUUCAGUUGGCCAAAUAUUUAA